UCCGAGCGCUGUGACUACGUCUUUGUCAAUGGCAAGGAGAUGAAAGGCAAGGCGGACGUGGUGGUGAACUUCACGUACCAGCACCUGAGCGCCCCCCUGCACAUCACCGUGUGGGUGCCCCGGCUGCCCCUGCAGAUUGAGGUCUCUGACACCGAGCUGAGCCAGAUUAAAGGCUGGAGGGUCCCCAUCAUGGCCAGUAAGAGGCCCACUCGGGACAGCGAGGACGAGGAGGAGGAGGAGCGGCGGCGCCGGGGCUGUGCCCUCCAGUACCAGCAUGCCACGGUGCGGGUCCUCACCCAGUUUGUGGCCGAGGGCACCAGCCCGUGGGGCCAGCUGAGCCACCUGCUGAACCCCGCCUGGCAGCUCGACAUCACCCACCUGGUGGCAGACUUCAUGAAGCUGGAGGAGCCCCGCGUGGCCACGCUCGAGGACAGCAGGGUCCUGGUCGGCCGGGAGGUUGGCAUGACGACCCUCCAGGUGCUGUCCCCACUGUCAGAUUCCAUCCUGGCGGAGAAGACAGUGACCGUGUUAGAUGACAAGGUGGCAGUUACAGACCUGGCCAUCCAGCUGGUCGCUGGGCUGUCCGUCACCCUCCACCCCAGUGCCGGCAACGGCAAGGCCGUCACAGCUGUGGCCACGGCCGAGGAGCAGCUGCGGGCCCCCAAACAGGAAGCCUUGGUCAGCACGUGGCUCCAGUUUAGCGACGGCUCGGUGACGCCCCUGGACAUUUACGACACCGACGACUUCUCACUGGCCGCCACCUCCCUGGACGAAGCCGUCGUUUCUGUCUCCCCGGGCUUCUCCCCAAGGUGGCCCGUAGUGGUGGCUGAGGGCGAAGGCCAGGGGCCGCUGGUCCGCGUGGACAUGACCAUCGCAGAGGCCUGCCAGAAGUUCAAGCGCAAGAGCGUGCUGGCCAUGGGCGUCGGCACCGUCAGGGUCAAGUUUGGGCAGAGCCAGGCCGAGCCCAGUCCCGGCCAGGAGGACAAAGACGAGGAGAUCGAGAACCACGCCAGCGACCGCCGGCAGAAGGGCCAGGACGGGCACACCCCGGGCAGCUCCUCCGGGGGGCGCGAGGAGGGGGCCCUUCGGAAAGCCACCGCCACGUCCCGGUCGCUGCCGGACAACAAGGCGGUGAGGACCAGCCGGCUGGACGGGGGGCGGCUGCCAGGGGAGGGGCAGCUGCAGAACAUCCCCAUCGACGUCACCAACUUCCCGGCCCAGGUGGACGCGCCCCGGGCGGGCGCGGGGCUGCAGGAGAGCGGGCUGCGGCCUGCGCCUCGGGGGCUGAGCGACCUGGAGAUCGGCAUGUACGCCCUGCUCGGGGUCUUCUGCCUGGCCAUCCUCGUCUUCCUCAUCAACUGUGCCACCUUCGCCCUCAGGUUCCGGCACAAGCAGGUGCCCCCGGAAGGCCAGGGCCCCAUGACGCACUCCCACGACUGGGUGUGGCUGGGGAACGAGGCGGAGCUCCUGGGGAGCCUGGGGGACCUGUCCCCGCCCCAGGACGAGCGCACCACCAUCCUGGACGGCGGGUUGGGGGGCCGCGAGGAGAGCAACCUGCUCCUCGACGGGGGCUCCCAGAAGCAGGCGCAGGGGCAGCCGCCGCGCGCCGCGGACCCCGGGGGCCGGGCCGAGCCCCUGCACUCGCCCACCUCCCGGCGGAAGCGGGUCCAGUUCACCACCUUCACCGCCAUCCCCCCGGACGACGGCUGCCCCACGGUCAACUCCAUCCUGGGCAGCCACGGCGAGGACAUCCAGUGGGGGUGCCAGGACGCGGGCAACGCCAAAGACCCGAGAGACUACCCGGGGAAAUUCAAGGAGAAGGCGUAG